AUGGCGGAAGUCAAUGGUGAGGGCGCCUCUCAAGCAAAUGGACAUGCCUCUCCACCAUCUCAAUCAACAUCGGCCACAGUAGCAGCUGCAUCGCAAUCCCAAUCGCAAUCCCAACCAGCUGCAGCUUCUGCUCCAGCGCAUAAUCCUAAUGUUCCUAUGACCUCAACUCAAGACAAUGGUCAGAGUAAACGCCCUCGAGACGCUCGCCUUAUCCAUGUCCUCCUCUCCUCCCUCGGUGUCACAGCAUACCAAGAAAGAGUUCCAUUACAAAUUCUUGAUUUCGCAUACCGUCACGCCUCAGGAGUUCUCUCUGAUGCCCUCCAUCUCUCCUCCGAUGCCUAUAUCUCGCAACAGACUCGUGCAAAGGAUGCCCCACCAGGCGGACUAAGAGACUCGGAUGGCCAGGUCAGCGCAAACGCCGUCCAAUUUGCUAUUGCAAGUCGAUUACAAUACCAAUUUGGAGGAGGUGGUGGAGGUGGAGGAGCUGGCGGUGGUGGAUUAAGCAAGGAGUUUUUAUUGGAAACAGCGCAAAAAAGAAAUGCAAUCAAGUUGCCUAAAGUCCUUCAGCAUGAAUGGGGUGUACGAUUGCCAAGCGAGAGAUUUGUGAUGUCCGGUGUACCUUGGGGACUCAGAGGCGAAUGGGUUGCUACGGAAGAGGAAUCCAAAGACACAACCAUGGACACAGCGAUGGGUGGCGUGAAUCAACCAGAGGAACAAGGAGUUGAGGCUGGAGAGGAAGGUGAGGGAAACAUGGAAGACAUUUUUGGAGUUGAGGGAGCAGGCGAUGAAGACGAAGACAUGGAAAAGGAAGACUGA